AUGUCAGAUGUGGAGAGCCGGAUCCUGACAGCUGCCGAUGCGAUGGUCCAUGGCAUAAUGGGCAGCAACUCUUCAAGCACGUCGUCACCCAUAGUGGUCGCAUCAUCUUCGGCUACCAUGUCCUCAGUCGCAGCGAUGCGUGUGAGUGCAAUCGCCACGUCGGCGCAGGUGCAGAAGCGGAACGCCGAGUUCGCCUCGCUCAAAGAGAGCUCAAGCUUCGCCGGUGAGCUGCCGCCGUUCACUUUGCGCAGUGCAUGGAUGAUGGGUACGCUCUCCGGUACUUCCGCAGCUCCAGCUUCGACAAGUCUGGCACGUCAGUGA